CCCGGGAACCAUGAGCGCAGGGGGCGCGGCCUGCUGCCCCAGGCUGCUGCUGACGCUCGGCUGGCUGCUCCUGGUGGGCCUCCGGGCCGCCUGCGGGGCCAACGACGCCACCGUCCAGCAUCCCGGCUUGGUCCGCGAGGGCGCAGUUUCAAAUACGACAGCAGUCAAAGAAGUAGAAUUUGGGAUGUGCACUGUUACAUGUGGUAUUGGUAUUAGAGAAGUUAUAUUAACAAAUGGAUGCCCUGGAGAUGAAUCCAAGUGUAUCAUACGGGUGGAGGAAUGCCGUGCGCCAGUGGACUGUGGCUGGGGCAAACCAAUUUCAGAAAGUCUUGACAGUGUUAGACUCGCAUGUAGUCAUACAUCUCCCAUAAAUCGUUUCAAGUAUGUUUGGAAGCUUCUCAAGCCAGACCAACAACCCGUUAUACUUUCACAUGAUUCAGCAAUCAUCGAAGUAACCAGGGACAUUCACCCCUUGGCUUUCCAGUGCGACACCUUUGAUAAUAAUGAAAUAGUAGCAUCUAUUAAAUUCACAGUCUAUACAACAAGUGAGUUGCAGGUGAGAAGAUCAAGCCGACCAGAAACUGAUGCAGUCCUAGUGUUUGUGCUGACCAUUGGAGUCAUUAUGUGUAUAUUCGUGAUCUUUAUACUGAUCUUCAUAAUUAUAAACUGGGUGGCAGUCAAGGCUUUCUGGGAGACAAAAGCCUCAACAACUGACAUACAAUCUGAGCCGAAUUUAGUGAAAUACAAAUAUACCACUUCUCUUGACCAGUCACCCACAGAAAUACGUGGACGUGAAGAUGGUGCUUUGGGUGAAUGGAAUGAAUGAUCUACAGAUGAUAUGUAACAAAACAAAGGAUAUUAGAGC